GUAGCGUGUUUCCCUGUCAAUGUGCGCUGUACUGUAUUUGGUGAUGUACAGUCAGUGAGUAGGUGCACAGCUCACACCCUCAGUUAUGGUAUCCACGGACAUUCAUGACCACCACCACGAACCUGUCCAUGAGGAUGGCAUUGUGCCGCUCAAAUCCGUCAGCAACGGGGACCUGCAGGUGUGUCUGGCGGAGGUUAUCCCGGGCACUGAACCGGAGGAGCGGCAGGCCAUGCUGCCCGGGCAGGAUGUACCAGCAAAGCUGGAGACCAAGCUUUACUGGCGCCGCUUCGUAAUCCUCGGCGUAUUUAGCCUGUACUCUCUGGUCAAUGCCUUCCAGUGGAUCCAGUACAGCAUCAUCACCAGCAUCUUCACCCGCUACUACAACGUGACCAGCGAAAAGAUAGACUGGCUCUCUGUGGUGUAUAUGGUGGCUUACGUGCCCCUUAUCUUCCCUGCCACCUGGCUGCUGGACAAGAAGGGGCUGCGGGUAACUGCGCUGCUGGGCGCUGGCCUCAACUGCCUGGGGGCAUGGAUUAAGUGUGCCAGUGUGCGGCCGGAUCUCUUCGGGGUUACCAUGUUCGCCCAGACUGUGUGCUCGGUAGCCCAGGUGUUUAUCCUCGGUUUACCAUCCCAUGUGGCCUCGGUGUGGUUUGGACCAAAGGAGGUGUCUACUGCAUGUGCCACGGCUGUGCUGGGAAAUCAGUUAGGAUGUGCAGUCGGCUUUCUCUUACCACCAGUAUUGGUCCCAAAAAUAGACGAUCUGGAGAUUACCGGACACCACAUAAGCAUUAUGUUUUAUGGUACGGCUGCCGUGUCAACCCUUCUGUUCAUACUUACUGUUGCAGUUUUCAAAGAGAAACCGAAGAUCCCUCCCAGUCAGUCUCAAGCUGUUCUGCAGGACAACUCUGCUGAGACGUACUCCUACAAAUCCUCCAUAAUAAACCUCUUUAGGAAUGUUCCUUUUGUGCUUCUUCUGGUUAGUUAUGGUGUCAUGACUGGAUCAUUCUAUUCUGUUUCCACGCUGCUAAAUCAAAUGAUUACACAUCAUUAUCCGGGAGAAGAGGUAAAUGCUGGGAGGAUUGGACUGACAUUAGUGGUGGCCGGAAUGGUUGGUUCCAUUAUCUGUGGAUUCUGGCUGGAUUACACUAAAACAUACAAACAAACCACUUUGAUUGUUUACAUUCUGUCCUUCAUUGGAAUGCUGGUUUUCACCUUCACGCUUGAUCUUGAAAACCUUGUUGUGGUGUUUGUGACAGGAGGAAUUCUAGGUUUCUUUAUGACGGGCUAUCUCCCUUUGGGAUUUGAGUUUGCUGUGGAAAUUACAUAUCCAGAAUCAGAAGGAACUUCUUCAGGACUUCUAAACGCCUCUGCGCAGAUAUUUGGGAUUUUAUUCACUUUAGCUCAAGGGAAGCUGACGACAGAUUACAAUCCUCGUGCAGGAAACAUCUUUCUCUGCUCCUGGAUGUUUUUAGGAAUCAUUUUAACAGCCCUAAUCAAAUCUGACCUUAAGAGGCACAAUGUCAAUGCUGGAAUUGUUAAGUCAGACGUAAAGGCUGUACCAGCUGAAAGCCUGUCAGGCCCAAUACAAAGUAUCAUCUCAACAACACAGACAACAUCCAUGAUCUGAGGGUAAAUGGAUGUACAUUAGAGGCACUGAAAAUACCAAUAUGAUGGCAUCGCUAAGGCUG